UACUAUGGCAACAUUCGCGUAUAAAGCUCCAAUGACAGUUCGUAUUUGACAGUUUUGACACUUCGCAUCUGUCAGUUGGGCGGUUUCCUACCGUGCUUUGUGUAGCUUUUACGGUGUAAAGUGUAAAUAAAACUAUUAAAAUGAUUGUUAGAAUAUCGUCCCUUUUUCUACUAGUAUUACUAUCGUCUACAAACUGUGAUAGAGACGUUGAAGUCCGUUCAGAAGAAGACGUCGGCGUAAAAUACGCAAAUCGUUGCGAAGUUUGCAAGAUAUUAACCACCGAAUUGCAGGCAAGACUCGAAGAAACCGGCAAAAUUCACGAUGUCAUCGAAAUUGGAUACUCCCUCGACGAUGUCCAGCCGAAGAAGAGAACUAAAUAUGAAAAGUCCGAGUUAAGAUUGAUUGAAUCAUUAGAAGGAGUCUGUGACAGGAUUUUAGAGUACAAUAUGCAUAAAGAACGAGAAGAUAGCACCAGGUUCGCUAAAGGCAUGAGUCAGACGUUUAAAACUCUUCAUGGAUUAGUUGAUAAAGGUGUUAAAGUAGACCUUGGUAUUCCACUCGAGUUGUGGGACAAGCCAUCGGCAGAAAUCACUCACAUGAAGAGUCAAUGUGAAAGCCUUCUGGAAGAAAAUGAAAGUGUUGUCGAAGACUGGUACUGGAACCAUCAAGGAACUGUGGAUCUAAUGAACUAUUUGUGCACUAAAAAUGCAUUACGGGGAACGGAUGAUUCCUGCCUCUACGAGAAGGUGCCGGAAAAAAAUACUAAGGGAGAUAAAUCUGAACUUUGAUUGUAAUAAUUUGUAGAAAAACUGAUCAAAUAUUCUUUUAUAAUAAAAUAAUAAACAAAAUGUGAUUUGA